AUGGCAGACCUUCAGGAGCUGUUCAAUGAUGCUAUAGAGCCCCUUCCGCCCAUCGAUGAUGAGAAGUUCGCGCCUCACUUCGAUAGCUUUGCAAGUAGACAAGUAGUUCUCCUAGGCGAUGGGACACACGGCACAUCUGAAUUCUAUCGCGCACGCGCCGAGAUCACCAAGCGUCUCAUCAAGGUUCACGGCUAUACCAUCGUCGCCGUUGAGACUGAUUGGCCUGACGCGGAGGCCGUUGACCGUUAUGUGAGGAUGCGACCAGGCCCCAAAGCCAGGAUCGGAGGCACGGCAUAUGGACAGGAAAAACAUGAGCCCUUUAAGCGAUUUCCAACCUGGAUGUGGCGCAAUCGCGAGAUGCAGGAACUGGUGGAGUGGAUGCGUGAAUGGAACAAGGAUCAACCAGAAGAGAGCCGAGCGGGUUUCUAUGGCCUGGAUCUCUACAGCAUGGGCUCAUCGAUGAAAGCGGUUAUCGAGUAUCUUGACCGAGUAGAUCCUGCAGCAGGCAAACAAGCUCGGGUACUAUACGGAUGUCUGGACCCAUGGGCUGACGACCCGGUAGCCUACGGUCUGGCCAACAUGCAAGGUAUGCGAGAUUGUGAAGCUCAAGUCGUGCAGAUUUUGCGGGACUUUCUGAAAAAUCGGCUGGAAUACAUGCAGAGCGACAUUCUCGAUGGCGAGGAAUUCCAGAGUGGCAAGCAAAAUGCCUACCUUGUUCGUGACGCAGAAAGAUAUUACAAGGCUAUGUACUGGAGCUCCACCAGCUCAUGGUCUUUGCGCGAUACACACAUGUUCGAGACAUUGGCUCGUAUACUGCAAGCCCGCCCUCCGCCUCGCGAUAAAGCAGUGGUAUGGGCGCACAAUUCGCACGUUGGAGAUGCUCGCUUUACCAGCAUGGGAUCUCGUCGCAAUGAAAUUAAUAUUGGCCAGCUUUGCCGGGAACGUCUGAGUCCUGGCAAUGUCUCAAUCAUUGGAUGUGGUACUCAUACCGGCACAGUCGCCGCGGCACGCGAGUGGGACGAGGAUAUGGAAAUCAUGAACGUGCGACCUUCGAGAGAUGAUAGCUGGGAAAAAGUGGCACACGAUACUGGUGUCGAACGCUUUCUUCUUGACCUUCGACAGGCUCAUCAUGAUCCUGAGCUGUAUGAUGCUUUGUCGAAAGAGGAUCGUCUGCAACGCUUCAUUGGCGUGAUCUACAAGCCCAAGACUGAGAAGACUUCUCACUACUCCCACGCAGUUCUUCAUGAACAAUUUGACGGUUUCAUAUUUUUUGAUCGUACCGAGGCUGUGAAACCAUUGGAGACAAUACAGCCUGCAACACCUUUGGGGAAAGGAGAGACUUAUCCGUUCGGGCUUUAG